CUCUCUCUAGGAAGCCUUUGCUUUUGUGCAAAAUGAGAAAAGUCACCGCUCUGCUAUGCUUGCUCCUGUCACUAGUGAUUGCUUUGCCUUGGUUUCUGCCUCUUCUCGAAAUGGUGUGCCUUGUGGUUCUCGUCCCUCCUUUGAGAAGGAUUAGCUUUAUUGUUACUACUGCCGUAGACCUCGCCACACUAGACACUUGUUGGAAGCUGCAUGGAACCCCUUCUGGUGGCCGAGGAGACCGCCCUGGUACUCGAGGGGGUCGGUCUGGUUUGUCAAGAGGCCGAGGGGUCAAUGCACGGAUGCAUCUUUCUGACACGGUUGAGCCACCACCUUCAUCUCCUGUUAUUUCACCGGCUGUUGAUGUUUCGGGGUUAUCUGCCUCAGAUUUUGAGAUUGCUUUUCGUCACUUGCUAGAUCGUAGAGCCUCCCAUUCUACUAUAGGUGCACUCUUUUCUUCCUUUGCCAAUUCAGGUAACUUGGUUUCAUCCCCAUAUGCAUUGCUAUCUCAUACAUCUGUACCAUGUAUUAUUGAUUCUGGUUCUUUCAACUAUAUGUCUGGCUCUUCUAAUUUAUUUUCAGAGUAUAACCCCUCCUCAGGUCAGGAAAAAGUGCGUAUUGCUGAUGGUACCAUUUCGUCUGUGUCAGGGAAAGAACCUUAUCAUGGGGAAGAGGAUUGGCAGUGGUAGAGAGGAACAUGAGCUCUACAUUCCGAAUCAAACAGACAAGCUGGCUCAUUCAUUUAUUCAGUUACAAUCCACCAAGGAAGACAUUUGGUUAUGUCACCGUCA